AUGAACAGCCACCAGUCCGGACUGCGGUUCCUUCCACCUCCUUCCCACCAUCCAGGUUGGAGAGGUCACCAUCCCCACCAUGAGUUCCUCCCUCCGAAGAUCAGCUCGUCUUGCUUGUACGCUUCGAGGAGAAAAGACCAGGAAUCCUCUUGCUUGGAAUUUGAGGCCGAGAAAUUUCCUCCGACCCCUCUCCAGCCAGAAGUUCCUCCUCUCCCCGGGCUGGGGAUGAAAGAACCGGCUUUCUCCGUCCGCCAAGGCGGUCCUCCGCAGCCAGCCUUCGCGGCCAAUUCCCUUCCACAGCCGUCUUUGGGCAUCUUUCCUCCGCCGUCACCUUGCGAAGAAUUAACUUCCGCCGCCGCCGCCGCCAACGGGACUCUACACCGCGGGAGUCCUUCACCUUCUCCUCCUGCCUUCGUGGACAAAAGAGAGUACGAGGUGUCUAUCCUAUUGAAACCUAACUAUGGACCAGGGGAGAGCAAAGGAGAAGCAGGGGAGGAAGCGGAGGAGAAAAUUUUAUUGCAGAAAGCUUCGACUUUAGAUCUAUCUAAAAGAGACAAAACUUCACCAGAGGAAAGAGAAUCUCGAGGUAGAUGGGAUGGAGGCAGUGAUCUAGAUAUUGGUUUCAGGUGUUUUUUGAAAACUUCAAGCGCAAAAGAACUUUAGUCGUCUAAUCUUCUAUCUAUGCCCCUGAAUGCAUCUGCUAUCCACCAAGUCAACUGACUUUUCUGUUUCCUUUUUUACUCCCUGCCUCUAUCACAACACUAAACAUAUUUUACUCUGAAGUAGGUUUCAUUGGUCCCAAAGGAACUUACUUCCAAAUAAGUAUUCUUUAUAUUGCAUUCUCUUUAUCUUUCUCUCUCUGGCUUCUUUUAAUUAUUUUUAAAAACCUGUACCAGUCUAUCUGUCUGUCUUGUCUUUCCUUCAAUCUCUUUCUAUUCAUUUUUGUCUCUCGAUACGACCCUUCAUCCAUCUCAGAUCUGUUCUGCUACCUACCAACACAGCACCUUGGUGUGCUACACACAGACAAACAUCAUCUCCAUCCUUUCGAGAAAAUUACUUGAGGAAAAUGACAGCCUUCUUUUAGACGUGACGUUGUUGCUGAUCUUGGGCUAAUUUUCUUCAUGGCCCAGAAUUAUGCUCUAUAAGGAUGAGUGGUUUCCUCAAGGAGAGCAACCGCUUAAUCGAACCCUUCUGUCCUCGCAGAAUUUCCCCUGCACCAGUAUUGAACAAUUAUUCCGUGCUGCAUUUUGGACCAAGGGUCCAACACCCUUGGUGUGAGAACUCAGGGUCUUUUUCACCCUCUCUGUCUCUCUCCAGUGCCGGAAAGGUUAUGGGGCUGUGUCCAGUUAAAACCUCUAUCGAGCACUUCCUGCUCUGCUAGAAGGAAAACUGAACCCACCGCGUUGCAAAAGACGAAUUUACGAUAGGGCAUUGUGUGAGAUCCUUGACAGAGACAGACAGCUCGAUCUGCAAGACUGUUAAGCCGAAGCUCGUUGGGAUAUUUUGGUCAUUUUAGGCCUAUUGGGCACGCCCUACGGCUCUAAAUCUACUUACUUGGAAGUAAAUCCCACUGAGAUAAGUGGACAUAAACUCUCACAUGAAUAUACUUAGGGUCUGGGUUGUCAGCCUACACGCCACAGCGGUUGGCUUGGACAUAACUGCUCCGGAGCAAAUGCGCUGUGAGAUGUUGUAGUGGGAUCAUUGAUUGAAACAUACAAGGCUUCUGCUUAACUGGAUUGGAUCUGGAGCAUCAAAAAGGUUGAGAAGGAAGAGGGGAUGGAGGGAGACGUGCGCUGAUAUGUUCAAGACACCCCUUGGGCUCCCCCCCUAAACACCCUCCUUUUCCACAGGCAGUAAAUUCAAGGCUAUAAAAAUCAGAGAAAGCUAAUGUAAGUUUUAUUCAACUAUUUAACCGUCUCAAGUCUAACGCCUUCUGUAAGGAAACAAAGAGGAUCAGUACCGGAUUGGACAUUUUACAAGGGUAGUAAAAUUAAAGUGCGUGUAUAUGGCGGGGAGGGAAGGGAGAGAGAGAGAGAGAGGAGUGUGUUGAUUUCAGCGAUGCAACUCAGCCUCUCCCCCCCCCACCCUCCGUUGCUUUCAAAACAAACUGGGCUAUUGCAGUAGAGACCCUACAGAUCAUCGAUCUGUUUAUCUGAAUCUUGAAAUGCACUCAUAUAGACGAACAAAACAUUGAAACCUAUAGCUUCUCUUUCUGUAUAUGUGUCUAUAUACAUGCAUACCACAUAUAUGGAGAGGGAGAGAGAGAGAGAGAGAUCUACCUAUACACAUACGCAUAUGUGGCGAGACUUGGGGUUUUUUUAAUUAUAAGCUUAUCAUGUGCUAUGGGCUUCACUUACAGGAGACAGAUUUCACUCAGGCAUGCAUAUUGCAUAUGCAGAUGCACACCCGUGUACACACACACACCGAGGCAU